GCUGCGUUCGGGCCGCCAGGGGGCGCCAUUGUUCGGCGGCGGCGGCGGUGGCGGCGCGGGGCGGCCAUGGCCCGGUGGGGCCCCGCUCAGGAGCCCGAAUGGGGGCCCGACGCGUGGCAGCCGCUCCCCCCGCAGCCCCCCGGGCCCGUCGCCGUCCCCUCCGAAGGGACGAAGCAGCCGCCGGUGGUGCACGAGAUCUCGCUGUGGACGGUGGUGGCGGCGGUGCAGGCGGUGGAGCGGAAGGUGGAGGCGCAGGCCCUGAGGCUGCUCAGCCUGGAGGGCCGGGCGGACACGGCCGAGAAGAAGGUGUCGGAGCUGGAGAAGGCCGUGCUGGAGGUCGGCGGGCAGAUGGAGCGACGGUGGGCGGCACUGACCGCGCUGCUGCAGGACAGCGCCAGGCGGCUGGAGCACGUCGAGAGGCAGCUGCGGAACCGGGCGGGAUGGGCAACGCGGAACGGGAUGGGAAACGGCGGGGAUGAGCCGCAGGUCCCUGCGUCAGGUGAGGACGAUGCUGCCUGUUUGCCAGAGCAGGAGUGGGUUGGUGUGGACAGCCGGCAGCAGGAGCUGUACAGGAUGGAAGUGAAGGGGAGCUACGAGGCUGUGGUCUCUCUCGGGCCUGGGGACACCAGUUCCAAACCCACUCUGCUGUUGCCAACUGAAGAUGGGGAGGAUUCAGCUUCCAGGACCCACGGGCUGCUGGAGGAGGGAGCAGUGUUGGGGCACGGCGGUGGCGCAGGUGAGAAGAUUGUGAUCAAGACAGAAGAGCAGCAGCCGCAGGAGGAUGGACUGGAAAUGCUUGCUUUGCCACAGGUGCCCUCUGUGAGGCUGGAAGAGGAGGCUCCCCUGGGCCAGGAGCCGCCGGUGCCUUGGGAGAGCCACACCAUCUUGGACGAACAGAAGGGAGCGGGAGAGGGCUUAGGGGAGCUCUGCAAACACGGGGCUGCUCAGCCGGAAUUCAAGCCCGUGGUCAUCCCGGUGGAUGCUCGCCCGGCCCCGGCCUUACCUUUCCCAACAGAGCACGGGCACAGCACGGAGACUGAGCAGCCGUUCGCUCUGCCCCAGGGGAUGGCGCUGGGAGAGGACGCUGCCAUGGAGGCCGCCUCGCUGCAGGCCGGCACAGAGGAGCAUGGCCCACCCGGCACAGUGGAUGAGCCCCGUGUGCCGCCGCUGGGAUGGAAGAAUGUCCGUCUGAAGCGCAACCUGCUGUCCCGGCAGCAGAGCCACGCCAGGAAGAGCAACGGCUCCUUCAUCUGCACGGCCUGCGGGAAGAGCCUGGCCCACCACGCCGCUCUGCUGCGGCACCAGCGCCUGCACACGGGAGAGCGGCCCUUCCAGUGCCCUGCCUGCGGGAAGAGCUUCAACGAGAAGUCCAACCUCAACAAACACUACCGCAUCCACACCGGGGAGCGGCCCUACUGCUGCCCCGCCUGUGGCAAGGGCUUCAUCCAGAAGCACCACCUCCAGAAACACCAGCGCAUCCACGGGGUGCAGCUGCGGGGUGGCUGGGCGGGACGGCCGCGUGCCAGCGCAGCCGGUGAGCGGCUCUACCGCUGCAUCGAGUGCACCGAGAGCUUCCCCCUCCAAACGCUGCUGGAGGAGCACCAGCGCCGGCACACCCAGCAGAGGCCCUUCCAGUGCAAUGGCUGCAGCAAGAGCUUUCGCCACCGGCAGUCCUUGAACCACCACCAGAAGGUCCACGCCGUGGCUGGCGCUCCCCCUGCCAGCUUGCCAAACCGGGGGACAGAGACCGACCUCUGCAAGCCAUUGACCCAGGAUAAUCCAUAGUGUGGGGGCUGCAGAUGGGAUGGAAGGGGCAGCAUUUCUGCAGGCAGAGAGGUGCAUCAGCCUGUGAUGGAGGGAUGCAGCGGCCUGCGCAGCGCCACAGGGAUGAGGAUCCUUGUGCUCCACAGCGUGAGCACAAGGAGACCAAGCGGCCCUGGACCCAAUGGAGCUGGUCUGGUGGUAGGGCUGAGCUGGGCUGUGCUGCUGCCCAGUGGAAAAAGGCUCAGCCAAAGAGCAACUCCGUGUGCUCGACACAGUGGGAGGGAGCGGAGCACUUGAAAUCAGGGUUACUUCAAUCCUUACCAGCAUCGAGGUUGGUUUGGGGGUGGGGCGGGGCCCAGGGAGAAGCUGUUGUUGCUGGGACAGCUGGAGUCACCACGCAAAUGGGGAGAGGUUUGGAUAAAGGAUUGGACUGAUGCCA